UUAAAGCAAACAUACCAGGCAUCAACGUCUUUACAUUUAAUAUAAGCAUAUAUUUUGAAUUUGGAGAGUCGAAGGGAAGGGUACCUUGAGUUUCUGUUUUCUCUUUUACUUUGGGUUGAGAGGAUUUGAUACUUCUCUCCUAAUCUUCUUCUCCUCCUUUUGGAGAAUAAUAGUCAUCUUUAAUCUUUUAUUAGAACCUAGCAAUCUUUAAUAAAAAGAACCUAACCUUGUCUAUCUCUUAUCGGGUAGUCUUGAAUGCAUAAAAAUGAAAUUUGUUAGAAGAAGAAACUACAAAAGAAAAUUCUUCUGUAGUAAUACAAAAGGUUACAUCAUGGGGAUCGAUCAAAGUCUUUUUCUAAGGGGCCUAGGCCAUUCUUUCCUCCAAGUUGUAACCAAUGCCCUUCCUUCCCCACUCUUUAAAUACCCCCCACCAGUCAUCUCCUGCUUUGGUUAUCAAAGUUUCUUCUCUAACCUGAGAUCCAAUACAACUUACCCAAGUUGAAAAGGCAGAGUGUGAAAGAGAAAGAACAAUGGAAGGAGGGAACCAGGACUCCAGAUGGGAAGGAUAUAGGGAUUGGAGGAAUAGACCUGCUUUAAGAGGCCGACAUGGUGGCAUGCUUGCUGCCUCCUUUGUCUUGGUUGUGGAAGUGCUGGAGAACCUGGCGUACUUGGCAAAUGCCAGCAACCUGGUACUGUAUCUGUCAAAGUACAUGCACUUAUCUCCAUCCAAAUCGGCAAACAAUGUCACCAAUUUCAUGGGGACAGCCUUCCUUCUGGCUUUGCUUGGAGGCUUCUUAUCUGACGCUUUCUUCACUACUUAUCACAUCUACCUGAUAAGCGCACUCAUCGAAUUUCUGGGCUUGAUCAUUCUUACCAUGCAAGCUCGGACACCUUCCCUAAAGCCUCCAGAAUGCAGUCCAUCCACCCCCUCCAUUCCCUGCCAGGAAGUUGGUGGUGGGAAAGCAGCUAUGCUGUUCAUAGGCCUCUAUCUUGUGGCACUUGGUGUCGGAGGGAUAAAGGGGUCUUUACCAACACAUGGCGCUGAGCAGUUUGACGGGGACUUUCCGCAGGGAAGGAAGCAAAGAUCGACCUUCUUCAACUACUUUGUCUUCUGUCUCUCAUUUGGCGCCCUUGUUGCUGUCACGUUCGUUGUUUGGGUUGAAGAUAAUAAGGGAUGGCAGUGGGGUUUUGCCAUCUCCACAAUUGCAAUAUUAUUGUCUAUUCCAAUCUUCCUGGUUGGCUCAACAUUUUACAGGAACAAAAUACCCUUUGGCAGCCCACUUACAACCAUUUGCAGGGUUUUGAUUGCUGCAAUGCUGAACAGUUGCAUGAGCAGAAGUCCAGGCAAUGCCAUUGCAAACCUGGCUACAAGCCCUUCUUAUCAAACUGAAAUGAGCAAGGAAGCAGAAGAAGAUGCCAAACAAAGUGAGCGGCCGGAUCAAAUCCCAACAGAAAGCCUCAAAUUCCUAAACAGAGCGGUGGUGAACGAGCCAGCUCACCCAGCACUUGAAUGUUCAGUGCAGCAAGUAGAGGAAGUCAAGAUUGUGUUGAAAAUCCUUCCCAUAUUUGCUUGCACCAUUGUUCUUAACUGCUGCCUAGCUCAGCUCUCAACAUUUUCUGUUGAACAAGCUGCAACCAUGAACACUAAGCUUGGUUCAUUGAAAAUCCCACCAGCUUCCCUACCAGUUUUUCCUGUGGUUUUCAUUAUGAUCCUAGCCCCAGUUUACGAUCACUUCAUUAUCCCAUUUGCUCGGAAAGUAACUAAAACCGAGAUGGGCAUCACUCACUUGCAACGAAUCGGAAUUGGUUUGUUUCUUUCCAUAACAGCCAUGGCAGUGGCAGCUCUUGUUGAAGUUAAGCGAAAGAGAGUGGCAACUGACUCAGGCCUACUUUACUCAACCAAUCCAUUACCCAUUACAUUUUUCUGGAUUGCUUUGCAGUAUUUAUUCCUGGGGUCAGCAGAUCUUUUCACCUUGGCAGGCUUACUAGAGUUUUUCUUCACUGAGGCGCCCUCGAGCAUGAGAUCGUUAGCUACAUCUCUUUCCUGGGCUUCGCUUGCAAUGGGGUAUUACUUAAGCUCGGUAAUUGUAUCAAUAGUAAACAAUGUGACAGAUAACUCAAGGCACAAGCCAUGGCUCUCUGGUCAUACGAUAAAUCGCUUUCAUCUUGAGAGAUUCUACUGGCUUAUGUGCGUGCUUAGCGCAUUGAAUUUAUUGCAUUACCUUUUUUGGGCCAUGCGCUACAAAUACAGAUCAGCAGGAGCUAGCAAGUAAAACGAAACAGCUGUACUUCUAAUUUCUUUCGUAAAAAUACUACCGUGAAGGACCAAAUCUUCUUGCUGUACUAUUUUGCUCAAGUAAUUCGCCUGAUCCAGUUAAAUGUCACAUUUUGAAAGAGAAAUAAUUCAGACACAACACACUGUGCCUAAAAGAAGUAAACUCAGCUCGAUGCUAUCAAAUUGCCAAUGACAUAAAAGCCAGACUGAGUGCUUAUCAGAUAUU